AUGAACAUAAAGCACAACAAGAGGUCCGGAAGGUUGCGUCCGGAAAAGGAAGCAUUGACGAGAACAAUCUGCAACACCAGCAUACAUGAAAGCUGUAAUAAAAGAGAGAAUACAACCACAUCCGCCAGUCCCUGUACUGUUUCCGCAGAAAAAUGUGUUCUUGAUGGCUAUGAAAUACCUGCUAAAACUCGGGUUUUAAUAAACUCGUAUGCUGUCAGGAAGGAACUGGAAUCAUGGGAGAAUCCUACAGACUACAAUCCUGAUAGGUUUGUGGAAGUAGACAUUGAUUUUAAGGAUCAAGAUUUCAGGUUUUUACCAUUCAGAGGAGGAAGGCGGGGUUGCCCAAGUUAUUCCUUCGGAUUAGCAACAAACGAAAUUACGCUUGCUCGACUUCUAUAUUAUUUUGAUUGGGAAUUGCCUCAUGGAGAUGAAGCAGAUAAUGUUGACCUCAGUGAGACUUUUGGGCUAGCCACAAGGAAGAAAACUGCCCUGGUUAUAGUCCCAAUAAUUUAUAAAGACUGCCAGUUAAGUGGAAAUGACAUUUAG